AUGAAUAAACCAAAAGGAUUUCAAUUUGCAAUUGAUCGUGGAGGUACAUUUACCGAUGUAUAUGCUCAGUGUCCGAAUGGCAAAAUUCGUGUUAUGAAACUUUUAUCAGUGGAUCCCCAAAACUAUGAUGAUGCACCGAGAGAGGCUAUUAGACGGAUAUUGCAUGAGGAAACUGGUAAUGCAGUAGACGAACAUGGAAAAGUCAAUUCAUCUCUCAUAGAAUCUAUUAGGAUGGGUACAACAGUCGCAACUAAUGCUCUAUUAGAAAGGAAGGGAGCAGAAAUGGCUCUUGUCAUUAACAAAGGAUUUAAAGAUCUUUUAUUCAUUGGAAAUCAGGCUCGGCCAAAUAUAUUUGAUCUGAAUAUAAGACGUCCUGGCGUUCUUUACAAAGAGGUUGUGGAAAUCGAUUGUCGUGUUAUACCAGCAUUAGAAGAUCGAUGUCAGAUUGACAAAUCUAAACUGGAUUGGAAGGAAGUUAUAGGAACUACGGGUCAAAAGAUGUUGGUUAUGAAGGAUAUUGAUGAGGAAGAAGUGCGGAGAGAUCUGGCGGCUUUAAGAGAGAAAGGGAUAGACAGUAUAGCUGUGGUACUAGCUCACAGCUAUACAUACAGGGAUCACGAAUUGAAGAUUGGAAGAAUUGCUGAGGAAUUAGGUUUCAACCAGGUGUCUCUAUCUCAUGCGGUGAUGUCUAUGGUCAGGAUAGUUCCCAGAGGCUACACAGCAUCAGCGGACGCGUACCUCACUCCUCACAUAAGGGAGUACGUGACCAGUUUCUCCAGCGGGUUUACAGAUGCUCUGAAAAACACCAAUGUACUAUUCAUGCAGUCGGAUGGAGGACUUACUCCUAUGAACAUGUUCAAUGGUUCACGUGCGAUACUAUCCGGACCGGCCGGCGGCGUGGUGGGCUACGCACUAACUUCAUACAACAAACAAACCGGUCUACCAGUUAUAGGUUUCGACAUGGGCGGUACGUCGACGGACGUUUCUCGGUACGCGGGAUCCUUGGAGCAUGUGCACGAGGCCACUACAGCCGGGGUCACUAUACAGGCGCCGCAACUAGAUAUAAACACAGUAGCAGCGGGCGGCGGGUCCGUAUUAUCAUUCCUCUCAGGCCUGUUGUCUGCGGGGCCCGAGUCCGCGGGGGCCCACCCCGGGCCCGCCUGCUACAGGCGAGGAGGCCCGCUCACUGUCACUGACGCUAACUUACUGCUAGGUCGACUUCGUCCUGAUUAUUUUCCAAAAAUUUUCGGUCCCGCGGAGAACGAGCCACUGGAUAAAGAAGCGACGAUCACCGGCUUUAAGAAAAUGACGGCGGAAAUAAACGCGUUCUUAAAACAGGAAGGAAACAAAGAGAUGUCAUUGGAGGAGGUAGCGAUGGGAUUCAUUAAUGUCGCUAACGAGGCUAUGUGUCGACCGAUCAGGUCAUUGACCACAGCCCGUGGUCACGACGCCCGCGCCCACGCCCUCGCGUGUUUUGGAGGAGCGGGCGGACAACACGCGUGUAGCGUGGCCCGCCGGCUGGGGAUUAAAACAGUGCUCAUACAUAAAUACGCUGGUAUCCUAUCAGCAUACGGCAUGGCUCUAGCGGACGUGGUGCAAGAAGAACAGGCGCCGUGUGCUGAUGUGUACAAACCUGAGAACUACCCACAUCUAGACGAACAGAUUGAUACACUCUCCGCUGUAUGUAGGGAGAAACUAAGAGCACAGGGCUUCACAGAUGACCAGAUAAUACUGGAGCCCUACCUACACUUGAGAUACUCCGGAACAGAUUGUGCUCUCAUGGUGUCUCCUAUACAAGGCGACCAAGCUACUAGACAUGGAGAUUUUUAUACAGCGUUUGUUAACAGAUAUAAGAACGAGUUUGGCUUCACGCUGUCAAACCGGGAGGUUGUGGUUGAUGACGUCAGAGUGAGAGGUGUUGGAAGAAGUGAGGGAAGGAAAGAGACGGCAAUAGAGGUGGAGAAGGAAACGACACCCACAGUUGAUAAAGUCGUCCAAGUAUACUUCGAAGGCGGUUAUCAGAACACAACUAUAUAUCCGUUGGAGAAACUAUCACCAGGUCAUAAAAUUCCAGGUCCCGCCAUUAUAAUGGACAAACUAUGUACUAUACUUGUGGAGCCAGGUUGUACAGCUGAUAUUACUAAAUACGGUGAUGUUAGUAUCACUAUAGGCUCGGGUCAAAAGACGGAAGUGACGUCACAACUGGACUCGGUCCAGCUCAGCAUCUUCUCUCACAGAUUCAUGUCGAUCGCUGAACAGAUGGGCAGGGUUCUGCAACGUACAUCAAUAUCAGUGAAUAUAAAGGAGCGUCUGGACUUCUCGUGCGCUCUGUUCGGCGCGGACGGCGGGCUCGUCUCUAACGCGCCACACAUACCUGUACACCUGGGGGCCAUGCAGGAGACUGUGCAGUAUCAGAUGAAGGUCCGCGGCUCGUCUCUCCGUCCCGGGGACGUGUUGUUGUCCAAUCACCCGCGGGCCGGCGGCUCACACCUGCCGGACCUCACCGUCAUCACACCUGUCUUCCAUGAGUCUAGUUCUCAGCCAAUCUUCUUCGUAGCGUCUCGAGGUCACCACGCAGACAUCGGUGGGCUAACUCCGGGCUCGAUGCCUCCUCACUCCACAAGCCUACAUCAAGAAGGAGCCUCCUUCAAGUCCAUGAUGUUAGUACAGAGAGGAGUGUUCAAUGAGAAAGAGUUGGUUGAAGAGCUGAUGAAGCCCGGUCAAGUCCCCGGAUGUUCUGGUACUAGGAAUCUAGCGGACAACCUUUCAGAUCUAAAGGCUCAAGUCGCUGCUAACCAAAGGGGCAUACAACUGGUCUCUGAACUGAUAGAAGAAUACAGCCUUGAAGUGGUCCAGGCUUAUAUGACUCAUAUACAGAAGAACGCUGAACUAGCUGUUAGAGACAUGUUGAAGCAAAUAGCAGAGAAGACAAUAAAGAAGACGGGCUCAUGUGUUCUAAAAGCUAUAGAGUAUUUGGACAACGGCGCGCCGAUCACUUUAACUGUUACCUUGGACCCCAACACGGGCGGCGCUAUAUGUGACUUCACUGGUACUGGCGUAGAGGUGUGGGGUAACUUGAACGCCCCUCGAGCCAUUACUAUGUCUGCUAUCAUAUACUGUCUGCGGUGUAUGGUUGGGAGAGAUAUACCACUCAACCAGGGUUGUCUGAAUCCAGUCACCGUUAUAAUACCUCCCGGUAGUUUAUUGGACCCUAGUGAUGAAGCUGCCGUGGUUGCUGGCAACGUGCUGACGUCACAGAGACUCGUAGACGUUAUACUCAAGGCGUUCCAGGUUUGUGCCGCCUCUCAAGGUUGCACCAACAAUCUGACACUCGGCGAGACUACAUGGGGAUAUUACGAGACUGUAGCCGGCGGUAGUGGAGCGGGUCCGGGUUGGCACGGCGCAUCGGGAGUUCACACUCAUAUAACAAACACACGUAUUACAGACGUAGAGAUAGUUGAGACGAGAUACCCCAUGAUUGUUACCAACUUCUCAUUGAGGAGCGGCUCCGGGGGACGAGGUAAAUGGCGCGGCGGAGACGGCGUGACUCGCGAGCUAGUGUUCAGACGGACGGUGCAAGUAUCCGUUCUCACUGAACGAAGAGCCUUCCAGCCAUACGGAAUGAACGGAGGUGAGCCAGGUGCUAGAGGUCUGAAUCUCCUUCAACGAGCCGACGGAAGAUUAAUUAAUCUAGGAGGAAAAUCUUCAGUUACAGCUUUUCCUGGAGAUAAAUACAUCAUGAACUCACCGGGAGGCGGUGGCUAUGGUCGACCGUCAGGAGAUGAGACAAACGAACAGACAGACAUACAACAUAAUGAAUUCGUGGAGAGAGGAAGUGUCUAUGAAUAUAGAAGUGCUCAAGAAUCAGUUUAA